GACAAAUUAGCUGUCAGUGAGUUUGAAAUGUAGGCAGAUUUGUAUGUUUCAUCAACCUCAAAGUUGGGUACUUCUGUCAUUUUAUACACUUUCAACAUAUUUCAUGGCUGAAUGUACAGUGUUGGCUCCCUUAAAGUGCACCAAAGAUGAUUUCUUCUAACAAUAGUUCUGCAACAAUUUGAAUGAAACACAUUUAGUCACAUUUGGCUUAAUAAGGAUAAAGAAAUGUCUUGUUAUAUUUAUAUUUGAUUAGCCUUUGUGAUUGCCACUGUACAAUAUGUCUGUGAUCAGGAGAUGCAAAUGUUCACAUAGGUUGACUUGGCAAUGCUUGGCCAUGCAGAUUGUAUUUUAAUAACUGGUUGGGUGCAACUGUUCACAUUGAUAUAGUAAUGACCUGUCUUUGAUACUCACUGUUGAUUAACUUAUCCUCCAGGCAAUACGUUUUCCUUCUACAGUCCAAUAACAUGCAGCUCAGGUGAAGUGGAAGGUGCCCAUAGCUGUGAAUGAGCUGUUCUUUCUUUGUGUUAAUCUUGCAAAAACUGGUAACCUCUUCGGGGUAUUACCAAUUUUUUUUCCAUCUCCCAAUGAUUCUGUGCAACGUUUCCACAGCAAUUAACUAAUUAUAGCAGAUACAUUUCAAAUAAUGCUACAUCUACACACUUACUAUUUGAUGCAUACAUGUUAUCCAGGGACAUCACAAGGUGCAUCACAUUGUACACAAAAAGAAGAACCCCAAAAGCUAUAAAGCUAGUAAGCACUAAGGACAUGCACAUCUUAGUGAACUAUGAACAGACUUUAUGCACUAUUAAUAUAACAGCACAGAUUUAGAGCAAGGAAUAGCAUUAUGUAAUGACCUGGAUUUUUUUAAAUGUGUCACAGAUGUUUGCAGAGAUUGCCUAAAACACUCCAUAUGGGUACACCCACAAGCUUGAUCAGAUGUGUAUGACUGUGUAAAGACAAUAGCUUAAUGACAUUUAUUCAGAAGAUGCAAUGACAAAUCACAGAGAAAACCAACUUUAUAUAUAAUUCACUGUAUCAUCCAUUAUAUAUUACACUAUAUUAUAUAUUACGUUUAUAUUCUCCUUCUUAGUGUCAAGCCAAGUGUGAAUAUUUUAUGAAAAUGAAAAUUUGAUGCUCAACAUGCUGAGUUUCUGCCAUCUAGUGGCUAUGAAAGGAACCUUUUUGGAAGGAUCAACACUAACUUUUUCUUUCUUCUCUUUUCAGGAGAUCCUCCUGAAAAUGACAAAUCCAAAUGCCCUUGUCAUUCUUGGAUGCUAUCAAACACAAUAGGACCAUGGAAGGAGAGAACAUACUGAACUCCACUGUAAAUGCCAGUACAAUGGAUAGCCACCUAGUUCCUCACAGUCUCUGGGAAGUGAUCACUAUUGCGACUGUGUCAGCUAUAGUCAGUCUCAUCACCAUUGUGGGGAAUGUCCUGGUGAUGCUCUCCUUUAAAGUCAACAGCCAGCUAAAGACAGUGAAUAAUUACUACCUGCUGAGUCUGGCAGCUGCUGACCUCAUCAUAGGCGUUUUCUCCAUGAAUCUGUAUACCUCUUACAUACUGAUGGGCUAUUGGGCCUUAGGGAACCUCGCCUGCGAUCUGUGGUUGGCGGUGGACUAUGUAGCCAGUAACGCCUCAGUCAUGAACCUGUUGGUGAUCAGUUUUGAUAGAUAUUUUUCCAUCACCAGACCUCUGACCUAUAGGGCCAAACGGACUCCCAAACGAGCCGGGAUCAUGAUAGGUUUGGCCUGGCUGGUUUCACUUAUCCUUUGGGCCCCCCCUAUUCUAUGCUGGCAGUACUUUGUAGGAAAAAGGACUGUCCCUGAGAGGCAAUGCCAGAUCCAGUUUUUCUCUGAGCCUGUGAUAACCUUUGGGACAGCAAUUGCUGCCUUUUAUAUCCCUGUAUCUGUCAUGACAAUCCUAUACUGUCGAAUCUACAAGGAGACAGAGAAGAGAACCAAAGAUCUGGCGGAGUUGCAGGGGAUUAACUAUCCCACAGAACCAGGGGUCACCCAGCCUCAGAAGACCAUUAUCAGAUCCUGUUUUAGCUGUAAAUUAAGAUCGGCUUCAAAUGACAGGAAUCAAGCCUCUUGGUCUUCCUCCAGCAGAAGCAAUGCUGCCAAAUCAGCAGCCACCACCAAUGACGAGUGGUCCAAAGCUAGUCAGCUGACCACCUUCAACAGUUAUGCCUCCUCCGAGGAUGAAGACAGGCCUGUGUCUCCAGGUGGAUUCCAGGUGCCCUCCUUCAGGAACCAGGCUUGUGAGACCAUCAAGACUGGGGUGGGCAGCGAGAACGAGCAGCUCAGCAGCUAUGAAGAGGAUAGCUUCUUCCAGACACCACCCAAAAGUAACUCUCAGAGGAGUAGCAAGUGUGUGUCUUACAAGUUCAAGCCUGUGGCCAAAGACACUCACGUGGAACACCACAGCAAAAACGGAGACACCAAAAUGGCUUCGUCAACGUUCUCCUCGGCUGAGUCCAUGAGCGUUCCAUCCACCUCGUCGGCAUCUAAGCCCAUAGACGCCACGCUGAAGAACCAGAUCACGAAGAGGAAGCGGAUGGUGCUGAUCAAGGAGAGGAAGGCAGCUCAGACUCUCAGUGCUAUCUUGCUGGCCUUCAUCCUAACAUGGACGCCUUAUAACAUCAUGGUGCUUAUUUCCACCUUCUGCUCAGACUGCAUUCCCCUCUCGCUCUGGCAUCUGGGCUACUGGCUGUGCUACGUCAACAGCACCGUCAACCCCAUGUGCUACGCGCUUUGUAACAAGACUUUCCAGAAGACCUUCCGUAUGCUCUUACUUUGCCAGUGGAAGAAGAAAAGGAUUGAGGAGAAACUAUACUGGUAUGGGCAAAAUCCAGUGGUCAGCUCUAAACUGACAUGAACUAUUAUUUUUCUAAGUUGAUGGCUGUAAAUAAAAUAUAUUAACAAUCUUGGCUUUAUGAACUUGAGUUCUACAUAUUAGGUGAUUUCAAAGUAAACAUACUAUAUCAAGGAGCAAGUGUUACUCAUUAAUCAGUAGGCGUGCUAUAGUGUAUGUUAAUUACUGCUCAAACUUUGGGAAUGGAAGAACAUUGUAAAAUCAUCCCAAUAUAAUCAGUAACACUGUAAAUAGAUUCUAAAAUGUUAAGAAAACACCAGUAUUUCCUCCCAAAAUGUACACUCUUGCUGUAUUUAUAUUCAAGAUGCACAGAGUGAUAUCUGGAGACCAAUCUAAUAAUGUACACUGGUUUAAAAGUAUUAACAACUGCCAAAAUCCUCCCCCAAGUUGAUGCUCUUACACCCAAAGUAUCAUAACACAUGCAGAUAUGUUUUAUUCUGUAUGAUUUGUGUUUGUAUUGAGGGUGCACAUUUUGGAAUGGCUAUUUUAUUUUUAAAGGGCUAAUAUGUGUUGUCCUGAUCUGCUUGCUAAGUCGAGAUUGUAACUUGAUGAUAAUCAAAGCCUUUUCACAUGUGCCAAUAUCAUUUGUCUGACCUCACUGUUUUCACAUUACAUGUUUGGCAUUUUCUGUCCUGCAAAAUCUCGACGUAAAACAAAGAGUAAAGUUUGCAUUAAUUAAAUUACAAAAACGAAUACCCUACUGGUUCAUACUACAACCCAUACAAACUAAGAAUUCAUUUUAGUCAUUUACUCAAACUACAUGACAAACUUGCUAAGCAUUGUCAGUGUUUACAAUGGGUAAAGUGUGGAGGAUUUAAGAGCACAAAUUGUUUAUUAUUAUCUGUUUAUUACUCUUCAUCCUCAGGAUAUUUUCUUUUUCUUUGAGCAUUGAAAUACAGUAUUUGUUUUCUUUGAACUACUGUAGCUAAAUCAAUAUCUCAUCAUAUCGUCAUUUUAUUUCUGGUAAACCUGUAAUGUACUGUGGCAAAGAAGCUGUAUGUGAAAUGUUCUGUAAGCAUUGGAUGGGAGAUGACAUGCAAAUUAUGUUUUACAUGUGUCAUAAGCUAUAAUGUCAUGAAAAACUUUUUUGUAACUGUGAUAAACCAUAAAUCUGCACUUGCAAUUUGGGGAAUGA